AUGUUCUUCUGGCUCUACAACAAUUUCUGCGUGCAUUCAAGAUCCAAACAACUCUUAAAGAUAAUAUACUACCAUAUAAACACCUUCAAAUGGAAAUAUAAAUUUUAAGAUGGUUUUAACUAACUAUAUUAGUAAAAUUAUAUUUAUAAAAAAUUUCUAAUUCAUUUUGAAAUUCAUAUCAAUAUAGGUAUAGCACCAGUUACAUUUAGCGUUUUAGUUACAGAAUCUGUUACUUAAAAUCAAAUAUAUUAAACUCAAGUCAAUCAUGCUAAUACAAUUUAAAGCUCAUUUGAUUUUACAGCUAUUCCUAAUUUAUUUGUUAGUGAUGUAGUUGUAACUUAUAUAAUUACUUUAAAGACUACUACUCCUCAAUUUGUUAUACCAAACAAUGCCCAAAUUAUAAUUAGUUUCCCUCAACAGUUCAAUUAGGCAUAAUUACAGUAAGCUAGAGUAACUGGUUAAUGUACCAUUUAAAGUAUUACAGGUUAUAACAUUUAAUUAAUUUCAACUGCAUAAGGUAUAAACACGAUCCAAAUAUCCAAUAUUUACAAUCCAGGACCAUAUGUGUAAUAAUCUGACUAGUUUAUGAUUUAAAUUAAUGAUAAAGACGGUUAUGGAAUAUCCUAAAGUUUAAUUGAUGCAAGCAGAAAGGAUAUCCGCUUUGUCUUUAAUUGUGACAUUAGCUGUAGAACUUGUGAUAGCAUUGUUAAUACUAAAUGCUUAACGUGCUAUAACGAUAGAUUUUUGCAAGCAAAUUCAUGUGUACUUUAGUGCGAUCCAGGAUAUUACAAAUAAGGUUAAUCUUGUAUUAAAUGUACUAAUAAUUGUGCUACAUGUAAUUCUGAUACUUUUUGUUUAACUUGUUAGACAGGGUAUUUAUUUGUCCCUGCUAGUAAUUAAUGCGUAUAAAGCUGUGGAUCUCUACAAUCAUAUUAUCAGUAUCAACAAUAAUGCCUUCCUUGUGACUCAAAAUGCUAUACUUGCACAGAUUCACAGACUUGUUAAAGCUGUAAUAGUAAUUAUUAUUUUGUUGUUGGAUAGAAUAAGUGUGUUGAUUAGGCAGGUUGUAAUUUAUUAGGGCUUUAUACAAAAGCUAAUUAAUGUGUUUAAUGUGAAUCACCAUGUGCUACAUGCUAAACUACUUAUAAUAGUUGUACUUCUUGCUUAACAGGUUAACCCAAAAUUUAUUUAUAAGGAACCUAGUGCUAAGCUAAAUGUAAUCCUGGUUACUAUAGCGAUGGUGGUAAUAAAUGCUAGUAAUGUGAUGGAUUAUGCACAACUUGUACUGAUCAAUCAAGAAACUGCUAAAGCUGUAUAUCAACAGCAGGAUUUUAUCAAAAUAAGUGUUAUAGUACAUGUCCUUCAAACGUACCUUUGAAUAUUGAUGGUUAAUGCACUUCUUGCCCUUCUAAUUGUGCUACAUGUUCUAGCUUAGAUGUUUGUCUAACUUGUGUGGGGUCUAAUUUAUUAUUUAAGAAUUAAUGUAUAGCGUCAUGCCCUGUAAACUAUCAACCAGAUUCAACUGCUACAAAAUGUGUUUUACAAGACAUUAGUACAAUUAUUACAAGAAAUUUAGAUUAACAUAAAUUUGUUCCUUUUCCAUAUUUGAUUUCUCUUAUUAUAUGGAUUGCUAUUGCUCUGUGCUCAAGAAACAGAGCUCAUUAAACAUUUUUAUCUGGUUGUGUAGUUGGAAUAGGUGGUGUUAUAGAAUUUGCAACUUGGGUGACAUUUUUUAUUCUUCAAACUAUUAAUGAUAGUAUGAAGACACCUUAAAAUAAAUUAUUUUUAGCAUCUCUCAUACUUCAUUUCUUAUUUAACAUAAUUAAUUUAGCCUUUUACUUUAUUUACAUGCGCAGAGAUUCCCAUUUUAUUUAUUGGCUAUCAUAAUUUUAGAAUAAGAUUUGCCACGGUUUUAUAAGAUUCUUCUCAUUAACUUUUACUCAUAAAUUUGAAAAUUUUAUGUUCUCUAAGUUCUUUGGGUUUUCUUUCUUCAGUGCUAAACUGACUUCAGUACAUUAGUUACUUCCAUACAAUAUUGUUGCAGGUCUUUCAAUUUUAUUUGUUAAUGCCCCCAUGAUUAUUGCUGCUUCAGCUACCAUUUACUAUGACGACUAAUUUGAAUAAAUGUUUAUCGAAGGUUUAGAAGUUAUCUUAAUCAAUCUUAUUUUGAUAGGGUUUAUGAUUACAAAUACAAAGAAGCCUGAAGAUUACUUUAUAACUAAAGUAGCUGAUGGAAUCAAUCCUCUUGUUGCAAAUAUUUCCCAUAGAGAUAACCUCCCCUAUAAUAGUAAGCUAAUGGCUUCCUUCACUAAAACUAAUUUCGGAAUGUCUGGAGGAGCUGAAUCUGACAGAGGUGAGUUUAAGUUUACUAACAGAGUCACUGUUAUUGGCGAUCUUGAAAAACCUUUAACUUUUGGCUAUAAAUUGAAUAACUAAACUAUGCAUUAAGCAGCUAAUAUGACUAAUGGACCAAACGCUAAUAAUAUGAAUUUAUCUUAUAUAAAUGGUAAAAAUGAGAUAACAGCUCAUGACCAAUCAAUUGAUUUUAUCAAUUAAAAUGGAGCAAAUAAAAAUUUAUAUAAAAACCAAGACUCGUCUAUAUAAGGUUCAAUUUAUGGAAAUGGCACAAAUACUGAUUUAUAUUUUGCAAAUCCAAACAGCAUUCAUCAAACUUAAGAGUUGGGAGAAUAAUGCUCAAAAGGAAGAAGACUUUACGAAUCAAAAAGUAUUCCUAAAAUGGGAGCUUUGGCAUAAUAGCCAAUAUAAGAGCAAUUAGAAGAUGAUGAUGACUUUGGUGAUGAUAAUUUACAUACUAAAUUGUAAAUGACGGGAGAUGAUAUGAAUAUGAGGAGAGUAGAUUUAAUGAACUAGAAUUAUAGUGGAUAGAAUAAUUAAUACCAGACAAUGAGGAGUGCUAGGUCUAUUUAGGGUAGUAGAAUCUCUCAAAAUGUUGGAUAUUAAGGCUAAGGAUUAUAUUAAAACUAGUAAAGCAACAUCAAUAAGCCAUUAAAUUCAUCUCGUCCUCCUUCUUAUAUAAUGGAUAAUACUAAAACAGAAAAGAAAGUACCCAUGAGGUAAAAUAAUGGUGGUAGUAAAGUAAUGACUCCCACUAGAUAAAAUACGAUGAUGUAAAGCUAGAAUUAAAUGACUACUAGCAACCAUCUUUAAACCUAAUCUCCACACAUUGUCUAUUAGCAGAGACACUACUCAUAAAAUUCUGCAAAAAUUACUCCAAAAAGAAGUGUGAGUAUAGGUGUAAAUGAAUAGGAGCUUCUAGAAAGUAGUAUUUAUCCUUCAAAUUAUUAAAAAUCUGCAGUUUAUGAUAAAAAACUGGCUAAUAGAUCUACAAAAGAGUAAAGCUAUAUGUCACCUGUUCGCACAAUGUAAAAUACCAAAGAAAUUAACUUCUAAAGUCAUGUAAGCGCAAGAAGCAGAUCAAGAAGCGCUUCGCCUUAGCGUCCUCCGAAUGAGCUUGACUAAGAAUACUACAAAAAAAUAAAUAAUAUGAGAUCAAAAUCCAAGGAUUAGUUGGAUUAUUAUGAUGAAAAUGAGCAUCCUGAAUACUUAGAAGGAAAUAUAGACAGAUUAAAUAAUGGUAGAUAUCAUACAAAAAACCCUAAUCAUAUUUAGAAAUUCAAUGGAGAAGUUAUUAGCCCAGAGAGCUCUCCUGGUAAGAGCUCUUACAACGCUUAUGAUGAUCAAAACCGUAUGAAUUCUAAAAUAAACACUGAUGAAAUCGACUUACUUAGAGGACCAAGCAUUAAGCAAAAUAGUUAGAUGAUUGAAAAAGUAGGUUCCGAAGACUCUGAUCAAAAUGAUGAUCAUAACUACCCAAACAGUAGAUCAAGACCAAAUUAAUUAUUAUUUUAUUUAUAAAAUCCCAUGUAAAGGCCAGUAGAUACUCCAUUAGAAAAUAACAGAAGAGUAAAUACUAAUGAGUAGGAAGUAUCAGAUUAACAAUAAUAGGAAUUAAAAUAAUCUAUGUUAGUAAGAAAAAUUAGCACAGAUAAAGAAAAAGAUAAAUAGAAGGUAGAAGAUCCUUAAGACAGCAAAAGAGUUGAGAGAAUGUAACCAUAAAUUGAAGAUUUAGAUGCAAACGAAUAUGAUCCUUAUGGUUUGAAAGCAUAAGCAUCAGAAAAAAUGAAAAAAAUGAAGUAUCCAUCAAACAGAGUUUCUUAAUAAGCUAUUGAUCAUAAGAAAUUCAUUAAGAAGCCAUAUGAAACUGAUGAAGAUUUACAAAGUGAUGCUUAGAAUAUAGAAUCUUAAAGAUUAGAUGAAAGUAGUGACUAACCUCCUGUCAUAAACCAGCAUAGAAUGAUUGCUCCUCCUAUUAUUCAUGGCGAGACUAUCCACUCAAAUAGCUCUCCAAUUGCACAGUAAAGAGGAUAAGCAGUUAAAGAUCCUGCCAUUAGCUAACAAUCUUAGCAGUAGCAAGGAAGUCAGAAGAAUAUUAAAACCUCUAUGAGAUCUUCUAUAGAACAAUCUGAAACAAAAAACAACAAUGCUAAUAAUAUAAAACCUCCUUUGAAUCCCAUGAAAACUAGUAUAGCCAGUGACAAUUAAAAUUAAUAAAGCGACUCUGAUGAUGAAGAAAACUUAAUAAAAAAUAUGAAUAAGAAAAGAAGCAUAGAUUAUAGUUAGAAUAAUAAAUUUGAGCCUAAUUCACAAAACAAUAAUGAUUAGGAAUAAAAGGUUAGGCAAUUACUAAUAAGACAAAGUAAGAAUUCAAAUGAGAAUAUUAAUACAUAGAAUCAAGCAGAUGAAGCAGGUUAGAUGGCUUUAAAUUAAGUUAGAGUUGUAACGCCUAUGACAACCAUGAUUAAUCCUAGAGACCUUCAGAAAAUGGAAUUUGUUAAUAAGGGCAACAAUAACUAACCAUUGAGAGAGUCUCAAUAAGGAAAUUAAAUGGUUGAUACGUAGACAGAUGAUAAUUUAAUCCAAAAAUCUAAAGAAUUGGAUUCCGAAUUUUUAAGAUAGAGAUAAAAAUUAUCAUAAAUAGUAAAUGCAGAGUAAUUUUAAGAAGAACCUUAGCACAAGCCUAGCGCAUAGAAUCAAUCAAAAGAAAAUAUUAGAUAAUCAAACUAAUUUAAAUCAAAUGCUUAAUAAAUUAUACCUCAUGAGUAAUCAAAAACACUUAGCCCUUCUAACAAUGAAAACAAAGCAAGCAAAUAAAAUAACGUUCGUAACUCACUACAGUAACCUUUUUAUAACAUGCAAGACGCAUAUAAACAUCAUAGAUCAACAAAUCAUAAUGAAAGUCUUAAUAAACCAACUGAUUUUUCUGCUGCAAAAACAGAGAAUCUUGACAUUCAACCUGUUAACUUAGACGAUUUUAAUGGAGGCGGAUUAUACUCACAUCAAACUAGUAUGAAUGUUAUGGGUAACUAGUAACCAAGCCCUAACAUUCCUUAAAUACUCAAAGAUAAUUCUACAAUCUCUCCAAUUAGUAAUACCUAUAAAGUACCAUAAGCAUUUAAUUUAGGUAAUCCUUCAACAGGAGAUUUAAGUAAUAAUUUCUUUGGCCUAAGCGCUAAAGAGUACGAAGAAUACACCCUUAAUAAAAAUAACACCAUCAGUAAACCCUCUCCUACAAACAGCCGUAUUGCCAAUUAAUACUAUCAAGAGAAUCCGAUGAUAAAAGACCAAAUUAAAAAAAGAAGAAAUGUGGAUGAUAUUUAUGAUUCUUAAGAAUCAAUUAAGACUGCAAGUGAAGCUUAAAUUGAUUUUAAUGAAAUAUCUCCUAGUGACUUUAAUGUAUUGAAUCAGAGAUAUGAUGAAGAUAUUGUUGAAGACGAAGUUGAAGAGUAAAAAUCUUAGAUACUGAAGAAAGCUCUAAGCUAAGCUCCUAGCUAUUAUGAUGCUACUAACGAGCACGAUGAACGCCUAAUGGCUAUUGCUAAUUUAAAUAACUUGAAAAAACUGUAAACAAAUGAUGCAAGUCUUCCUCCUCAUAUUUAGCAAUCAAGAAAAAGUGAUGUAAUUCUUGGCUAAACAAGCAAUUAAUAACAAAACUUGAGAGGAAACUACCCUCAUUCUAAUACAAAUAGUAUGGUUUCAAUUAAUUAGCCAAACUUUAAUUAUAUUUAAUAAUAACACCCUAUCAUAAUCACGAGCCAUAACUACCGAAUGACAAGUGAGGCAGGAUCUAGGAAUUAAACAGAUAAUAUUAGACACUUGAGUGAAAGUAGAAGUAAUUCAUAAUAUAAUGGAAAUAAUGGCUAAAAUAGCGAAAGCCAUACUCCAUAUUACUAUAACAUACAAAAUGCAUAUAAUAAGUUAAAUGGCAAAUGA